AUGGCUGCCUCCACCAUGUCUGUCUGCUCUGAUGCUCCCACCAACUCCUCCUGGCAGGUGGACGACUGCCCAGAGAGCUGCUGUGAGCCCUGCGGCUGUGCCUCCAGCUGCUGCCACUGCUGUGCCCCCAGCUGCUGUGCCCCAACCCCUUGCCUCCUCUGCACCCCAAUGAGCUGUGUGUCCAGCCCCUGCUGCCAGUCUUCCUGCUGCACACCCUCAUGCUGCCAGCAGUCUAGCUGCCAGCCAGCUUGCUGCACCUGCUCCCCCUGCCAGCAGCCCUGUGGUGUGACCCUUUGCUGCAAGCCUGUCUGCUGUGUGCCAGUCUGCUGUGGUGCUUCCUCCUCAUGCUGCCAGCAGUCUAGCUGUGAGCCCUCUUGCUGCACCUCCUCCCCCUGCCAGCAGCCCUGUGGUGUGACCCUUUGCUGCAAGCCUGUGUGCUGCACACCCAUCUGCUCUGAAUCCUGCUGCCAGCAGUCUAGCUGCCAGUCCUCCUGCUGCCAGCCCUCCUGCUGUGUGCCUGUCUGCUGCAGGCCUGUGUGCUGCACACCCAUCUGCUCUGCCUCCUCCUCCUCCUGCUGCCAGCCCUCCUGCUGUGCUCCUGUGUGCUGCAAGCCUGUGUGCUGCAAGCCCUGCUCCAGCCUGUCCCUGCUGUGCAGCCCUGUGUGCAGACCUGCCUGCUGUGUGCCUACCUCCUCCUGCUGUGCCUCCUCCUGCCAGCCCAGCUGCUGUCGCCCAGCCUCCUGUGUGUCCCUGCUGUGCCGCCCUGCCUGCUCCAGACAGGCCUGCUCUGGACAGAAGUCCAGCUGCUGA